GGCUAGCUGAGAGUAUCUCUCAUCAUUUCUACUAGUCAACUGGUCCAGUUUGACAACGACUCGAGCAUCUGCAAUCGUCCAUCGAGCACUGGUCAUGAGAAAGCCACCCCUAGAAUAGACCAUUAUUUGCUUAUCGUGAUCGAUAACAUGAAUUCGGGAGUAUGUGGCGUUAUCCUUUGCGGAUUGAAAAAUACACAGCGGGGAGUAUUCCCAUUACGUGGCGAUUGCCAGGGACACCAAAGAAGCUGGGGAGCGCUUACCGCCUUCUCCUGUCUGCAUGCCAUCGGAUCCACUUCAACUGCAAUCGCUCUUGGCUUCUCAACAAUCCUCGUCCGAUCAUCAGUCCACUUGUCUCGCUGGUGUUCGUUCCUAGCCAAAUUAACCUUUUAGAGUUACUAAGGCAGGCAAGUCGAGACGCUGUCAGCCCGAGGUAUCAUGUGCAAUGGGCAAUUGCCCCCUCGCUGAUUGGCACCACCGUUCAUGGCCGGUGGAGGUCGGAGAUGACUCGGAUCUUAGGUCGUCGACAGGUGUGGAGGUCCAAAUGGAUCUCAUUACCUACCUUAUUCCAUCAUGACUCGCCUCACAUCCUCCACGAGUUUAUUGGGAUGGGAUUGAUGUCGAAGAGCAUAGAGGCGACAGUUGCCAUCAUGACCACAUCGAUCUCAAACGUAAAGCAUAACCUCCUCCAUUGGCGAGCAAGAAAGCCGCCAUGUGAUGAACUCAAUCCCCCGAGAUAAAAGCCAAAUCGAGAAUUCUCAAACUCUCCCCGAAGUCAAUGCGAGGGAAGUGUAUAUCAACUACGUUUCAUGUUUCAUCCCGGACUAGAUGAAAGUCCAUAUCAUUAUAUACUUCAACGUGGAACUAUACACUCAC